AUGGAGGCAAACUCGAACACGGAUAGAAUGAGCAACCAAAUUCUCAUCGUGGGUGCCACCCGGGGCCUCGGGGCUGCCCUCGCUGCACUGUACUCGAAGAACCCCGCCAACCAUGUAUUCGCAACCUCAAGAUCCUCGGCUCCUGCCUCGAAGUCCGAUAUUACUUGGCUGACAGGGAUUGAUGUCGCCGAGCACGAUGUCGGUCAAAAGCUGGUCUCGCAACUCCCUGCAUCGACCAAGUUCUCCACGGUGAUCAUCACAGCGGGGUACUUUGGCUUGGAGACCUUCGACUCCCCCGACUGGGAGAAGCAAACCAAGAUGUACACCAUAUCGGCCAUCAGCCCUGUCUUUGUGGUGCACCAUCUUGUCAAAGCGGGCCUCGUGGACAAGGGGAGCAAGGUGAUUAUCGUCAGUAGCGAAAGCGGCAGCAUAACGCUUCGCCAUGAGAAGGAAGGCGGAGGCAACUAUGGCCAUCACGCUAGCAAGGCAGCGUCGAACAUGGUCGGGAAGCUGCUGAGCUUAGAUCUCAAGCCGCAGGGCAUUGCAGUGGGCCUGGUUCAUCCAGGCUUCAUGCGGACGGAGAUGACCAAGGGUGUUGGGUUUGACAAAUAUUGGGACGCUGGUGGAGCCGUGACCCCUAGUGAAGCUGCCGAGUCCCUCGCGUCAUUCAUCGACACGUUUGACAUUAGCAAGACCGGCGAAUUUUGGGCACCCAGAGGACCGGGAGACAUUGGCACGGCAGAGAGUGUUCUCGGGAAAGACUUGCCCACGCCUUUACAGCUACCAUGGUGA